GGUGAAUUUAGCCAUGGGAAGAAACUUUGAUCUCAAGCUAAAUCGAAGACCCGAAAAAAAAGGGUUUCCAGGAGGCAUCUCUGCAAUUCUCACGGACACAGCAAUGAUGGCAACUGCCCACUAACGGUUUCCGUGAAUUUUUUUUGUAUACUUUGGAUGGAUGGUAGGUACCUGUCACGUUUGCAAACGUAAGGGCUGAUCAACUUUAUUUCCGCCACUACCUAAGACAGAUUUGUCGCAACCUGAUAUGCUUAAUAUCUCAAGUGGGCCAUAGAAAAAAAAUUGUUGUAUAAGAUCAUGCUUGUAAGAUUGGAAUGCAAGUAUAGCUGCCUGCUGCUUGCUUCCAUCCCUCUGCAAUAACAAAGCCUUGGAAGAGUUGAAACAAAACAUGGGGAGCUUGGAGUGUGAAAGAUCUGUUACAGGAUAUGCAGCCAGAGACUCUUCUGGUCACUUAUCUCCAUAUAACUAUACUCUUAGGACUCCAGGUCCCCAGGAUGUUGUGCUCGAUGUCAUUUACUGUGGCAUAUGUCACACUGACUUGCAUCAGAUCAGGAAUGACAUGGGAAUGUCUAAUUACCCCAUGGUCCCAGGGCAUGAAGUUGUAGGGGUUGUGACUGAAAUUGGCAAAGAAGUAGACAACUUCAAGAUAGGAGAGCAUGUGGGUGUUGGUUGCAUUGUUGGGUCAUGCAAAAGCUGCAAAGCAUGUAGUGGAAAAGUGGAGCAAUAUUGCAAUAAGAGGAUUUGGACUUACAAUGAUGUCUACCCUGAUGGCAAGCCAACACAAGGAGGAUUUGCUAGCACCAUGGUUGUUGAUCAGAUGUUUGUAGUUCACAUUCCUGGAAAUUUGUCCCUCGAACAAGCAGCACCCCUGUUAUGUGCUGGGGUUACAGUGUACAGUCCAUUGAAGCAUUAUGGAUAUGCAGAGGCAGGCAAGAGAUGUGGAAUAUUGGGCUUGGGGGGCGUAGGGCACGUAGGUGUGAAGAUUGCCAAGGCAUUUGGGCAUCAUGUGACUGUUAUAAGCUCUUCUAAUAGGAAGAGGGAAGAGGCACUCGAUGUCCUUGGUGCAGAUGAAUACCUUGUUAGCAGUGAUGCUACCCAAAUGCAGAAAGCAGCAGAGAGCUUGGACUUCAUACUAGAUACUGUUCCAGCCAACCAUCCACUGGAGCCAUACCUUUCUCUAUUAAAGAUCAAUGGAAAACUUAUAAUGCUUGGUGUUGUUCCAGAGCCAUUGCACUUUGUUUCUCCUCUUCUAAUACUUGGGAGGAGGAGCAUAGCAGGGAGUUUCAUUGGUAGCAUGGAGGAAACCCAGGAAGCUCUAAAUUUCUGUGCAGAGAAGAAUGUGUCAUGCCAAAUUGAGAUUGUGGGUAUGGAGAACUUGAAUGAAGCAAUGGAAAGAUUACAUAAGAAUGAUGUCCGUUACAGAUUUGUGGUUGAUGUGGCUGCUAGCAAUCUGGAUAAGUAGCAUAUUUAGUUUAGUCAGCACUCAUGUCUAUCCAGAUCUGUGCAAAAACUUCUUCCAAAAGAUUUUUCUAUAUGUUCUCUAUCUGUGGCAAGGCAGGACUGUAUUAAAUAUUUGUUGUCUGCACAUUAUUUUGUUUUUGGACCGUUUCUGCAUAAGGAGUUUUCCUUGUGAGGUUUCUCAUUUUAUUGUCUGGAUUUUCAUAUAUGCUCUUAUAAAAUGAGAAACCUAUCUAUAACUGGUUUCUUUAUAGUCUAAUAAGGUCUCUACAGACAACGCAUCCUUUUGAUUAGUUCAUAAUGUUUUUAUAUGAUAAAGAAAAUUGCUUUUAACCUGUA